AUGCUGAUUGCCCUGUUCACAGUGGCCGUGCUGGCCCUGAGCUCUAUUCAGAGCUUCAGUGAAGCAUUCCCCCACGGUCCUCCUCGUCACCAUGGUCCUAAGCAUGGCCCACCCCAGCUAGGCCCACCCCAGCGAGGCAGACCCCAGCAAGGCCCACCCCAGCAAGGCCCACCACAGCGUGGCCCACCCCAGCAAGGCCCACCACAGCGUGGCCCACCACAGCAAGGCCCACCACAGCAAGGCCCACCCCAACAAGGAGGCCCUCAGCAAGGCCCACCCCAACAAGGAGGCCCUCAGCAGAACCAAGGCCCUCAACCUGGAAACCAGCAAGGCCCACCCCAACAAGGAGGCCAACAGGAGAACCAAGGCCCUCAGCAAGGAAACCAGCAAGGCCCACCACAACAAGGAGGUCAACAGCAAAACCAAGGCCCUCAGCAAGGAAACCAGCAAGGCCCAUCACAACAAGGAGGCCAACAGCAGAACCAAGGUCCUCAACAAGGAAACCAGCAAGGCCCACCCCAACAAGGAGGCCAACAGGAGAACCAAGGCCCUCAGCAAGGAAACCUGCAAGGCCCAUUCCAAGAGGGAGGCAGACCUCAGGAAACUACCCAGGGUCAGGAGUCUCAGUGA